AUGCAGACCUUAGUGUUAACUCUGACUGUGCUAUUGCUGCUGUCCCAGGCUGUUCCAGGUAGCACCAAAAGAUGCUGGAAUUCUCAGGGCACCUGCCGUGAUCAAUGCAUCAAGAAUGAAAAGGCUUACAUUUUCUGCUGGGGCGGCAAAAUGUGCUGUGUGAAACCCAAGGACCAAAUAUCAUGGAAGCAUUAGCACGUUGAAGUCUGAGGCCACAAAAACGAAGCUGACUCCACCUAGAGGAUGACCUCAGCAGUUUCCUGAGCUUAUUAAAACACCUUUGGCUGACUUCUGUGUCUGUCUCUAAGUAUUUGUAGCCAAGCACAAGCAGAUGUGAGGGAAAGGGUACAGUUUGUCUGUCUUACCUGGGGAUUCCAUAUCUGUGCAUUUAAUCAGCUGCAUGUUGAAAAUACUCAGAAAAAAUUGCAUCUCUACUGGUACAGACUAUUUUUUCUUGUCAUUUCUAAACAAACAAUGCAUUCAAGAAGUAUUUGUGUGGCAUUUAACAUCGUAUUAGGCAUUAUAUGUAACAUGGAGAUACAGUCAUUCCCUGCUGUCUGUGGCUCUGUAAUCCCUGGAAAUACUGAAAUUUGCUUACAUACAACAUCAUGUUAUGUGUGUGACCUAUACACAACCUCUCACGUGCUUUAUUUCUUAUUUCUUAUUAGGGUGUGCUGAUUGUACUAGAUAACGGACUUCACUGUCACAUUUUCAUCCUUGUACUAUACUUGCAGAAUAUACUUGGACAUGUCACCCCAUUACUCUCUCACUCCUCUGGCUCUGGUCUCCUCUCUCUUCCCUAAUUGUCCCCGCUCUACUCAUGUGACAUUUUUCUUUCUGUCUUUUUCCUCUAGGUUUCACAUACAAGAGAAAAUAUGAUCCCUGUUUUUCUGAGUCUGGCUAUUUCUAUUUCACUUAACAAGACGCUCUCCAAUUCUAUCCAUUUUCCUGUAAAAUGAAAUGGUUCCAUUCUUUAUAACUAACACUUCAUUGUCUGUUCAUCCAAUUUCCUU